AUGAAGGGUUCAGCUGCUGAGAAACUUUGUUUUUUUCGGUUCUUUUCUCUGCUUCUGGGCGACUGUAUCCCAAAACGAAACGCUGCAUAUGAAGUGUACCUCAUGUUGCGUGCUGUCGUAGAUAUUGUUCUUGCACCACAAGUGUGUUGUAGUGCAGCUGCACGUUUACAAGUGCUCAUUGACGACUUCUACAGUGCAUUUAAAGAAACAUUUCCAGGUGUUAACAUAAUUCCAAAGAUGCACUACCUUAUUCAUUAUCCCAGACUUCUGCUCUUGUAUGGCCCUCUCUCUAAACUGUCCUGCAUGCGUUUCGAAGCAAAACACCAAUUUUUCAAAUCAAUCGCCAGGAGAACUCGCAACUUCAAGAAUAUCUGUGGAACUUUAAGCCGCCGACAUCAAAUGCACCUCAUGUAUGCUUUGACUCAACCCCAGGAAUCUGUGAUUACUACAGGGAGCACAAGAGUAGACUCCAGCUCAUUACCCAACCUCUUGAAGGAUAGACUCCAAGAUCUUGGUCUGGCUAUCACAGGUGUGCAGAGUGUGGUUUCUGUCACGGUCUCUGAAAGGAGACUAAGUGUGGGCUGUGUGAUACUUUUGCUUGUACCGGAUGAUGACCUUCCUCACUUUGCUCAAGUGACACUGAUUGUGGUUUCUGGGUUGCAGCACUUUGUUCUAGCCUCGGUUCUUGAUACAAAGUAUUUUGAUGACCAUUUCCAUGCUUAUGUUGUCGAGAACACAGCCCACAGUGUCAUAAUUGAGGAUAUUGGACACUGUGGAGAAUUUUCUGACCCAUUGUACCUGUACAAACAGGGAAACUAUUGCUUUGUGAACCCUCGCUCUGCUUUCUUUACUGCCGCCGACCAAUAG